AUGGCCCCUGUGAUCUGGUUAUCAAACAGGUACAAGGAGAUGAGGUUGCUUAAAUUGCCCAACCCAGAAGGUAUCCCUCCCUGGAUCUGGUUGCUACCAGCAUCAAAUAUUAGAAGAUGUGUCGAGAGGUUCCCCAUGGAUUCAGGAAGAUUUCCAUCAAACCCAUUUUCUGACAUAUAUAGAUACUCUAGGCCCCUGCAGUUGGACAAAAAGGCAAGGAAGUCGAACCGUCCGCCCAACCCGUUCGCUUCUACAUUAAAAAAUUGUAGGGCCACCAAGUUCCCAACUGUGGCGGGCACUGUUCCCGUCAAGGGAUUAUGGGACAGGUCCACGCUAACGAGUCUGGAAGCGUUGCCGAUAGAAUCAGGGAUUGCACCUGUCAGACGAUUCGCCGCUACCUGCAACAUCUGGAGCUUAGAAAGUUGGCCAAUCUGUUUGGGAAUUUUCCCGUGCAGGCUGUUUUCGACCAGAUCCAGUGUACUUAGUCUUGUGAGGUUGCUGAGGGCGCUCGGGAUCGUUCCAGUGAGGUAAUUGUUAGCCAAAGUUAAGAAUGUGAGCUCUGACAAGGUUGCCAAUUCCUCCGGAA